AUGGUAAUAUUGGUGCUCAUUUGGUGCCCAUUUGGUGUGCACACAGACCUGAAUCCUAUCAAACGGUACACGGGAUUAGAGCUGCCAAAAAACCGACGACAUCUACUCUCACUCUCGGACUUCUAUAUACCAUCGAAAGGAUUGGUGCCACCAGAGAGUCUCGACCUACGGGACAAAGGACUGGUGACAGAUGUAAAAGACCAAGGACAUUGUAAAAGCUGUUACAUCUUCUCAGCGGUGGCUUCUAUCGAAGGACAAUUCGCUAAAGCAACUGGCAAGCUUGUUACGCUAAGCGAACAAAAAUAUCUCGACUGUGUGUCACACAAUUGCUCGAAAGGUGGGUGGCAAGGAGAUGUUUUCAACUAUGCAAGAACAGAUGGUGGCCUUCCCAAAGACACGAUAUAUCCAUAUGUUGGAAAGGAGCAGGAGUGUCACAAUAAUAAAAGUCAAAAUAUCGCCGCUGAUUCUGGAUACAUGACUGUUUCAAGAGACGAACAAACAAUAAAAUCGGCUUUAUUUGAAAUCGGUCCACUUGCUGUAAGUCUUUUUGCGUCCAACCAUUUCCGCUACAAUUACACAAAAGAUUCUGGUGUGUAUCGAGAUGAUCCGUGCUCAGAUCAAAAGGUCAAUCAUGGAGUCUUAUUAGUAGGAUAUGGUGUGGAUGAAAAAGAAGGCCCGUUUUGGCUCAUCAAGAACUCAUGGGGAGUCGAAUGGGGAGAGCGAGGAUACGUGAGACUUGAGAGAUCGUCACGUAAUGUCGCUUGUCUGAUGAGUCAACAACCAAUUUACCCAAUAGUUGCUGCCCCGGCCAAU